GUGCCAUCGUAGACUCGGGAUUUGAACAUCCUUCUGAAGUGCAACAUGAAUGCAUUCCUCAAGCAAUCCUUGGAAUGGAUGUGAUUUGUCAAGCUAAAUCCGGAAUGGGAAAAACUGCUGUCUUUGUUCUCUCAACCUUACAGCAGAUUGAUCCUGUUGCCGGCCAAGUUGCUGCCCUUGUUCUAUGUCAUACCAGGGAAUUAGCAUACCAGAUAUGCCAUGAGUUUGAGAGGUUCAGUACCUACCUGCCUGAUCUCAAGGUUGCUGUCUUCUAUGGUGGUGUCAACAUUAAAGUUCACAAGGAUCUGCUGAAAAACGAGUGCCCUCAUAUUGUUGUUGGAACGCCUGGAAGAAUACUAGCAUUGGCCAGGGAGAAGGAUCUUUCCUUGAAGAAUGUCAGGCAUUUUAUUUUGGAUGAGUGUGAUAAGAUGCUGGAAUCACUGGACAUGAGGAGAGAUGUGCAAGAGAUCUUCAAGAUGACUCCUCAUGAUAAACAGGUUAUGAUGUUUUCUGCGACACUCAGCAAGGAAAUUCGCCCAGUCUGCAAGAAAUUUAUGCAAGAUCCAAUGGAAAUUUAUGUUGAUGACGAGGCCAAGUUGACCCUUCAUGGACUUGUGCAGCACUACAUCAAAUUGAAAGAGGAAGAGAAGAACCGGAAGUUGAAUGACCUUCUUGAUGCACUAGACUUCAACCAGGUUGUUAUCUUUGUGAAGAGUGUCAGUAGAGCAGCCGAGCUUGACAGACUACUUGUGGAGUGCAACUUCCCAUCUAUAUGCAUCCAUUCUGGCAUGUCACAGGAAGAAAGGUUAAAGCGUUAUAAAGGUUUUAAGGAGGGACAUAGCAGGAUUCUUGUGGCAACAGACUUGGUUGGAAGGGGAAUCGACAUUGAACGUGUUAACAUUGUAAUAAACUAUGACAUGCCUGAUUCUGCAGACACCUACUUGCACAGGGUUGGCAGAGCUGGAAGGUUUGGCACCAAAGGUCUUGCAAUUACAUUUGUUUCAUGUGCUGCUGAUGUUGAUGUUCUUAACAAUGUUCAGUCAAGGUUCGAAGUUGAUAUAAAGCAGCUUCCGGAGCAGAUUGAUACCUCUACAUACAUGCCAUCAUAAUGGUAUGGGGACGCAACAUCACUUCCUUGGAUGUCACGAUCAUGAGUGCUCUUGGAGCAGCAGAUGAUCCGCCUUGAUAUCUCGAGUCCUUUGUAGUUUGGUAGACAAUCAAGGCCAUUCUACUUUAGAGGCUUAUCAACAUGAGGACUUUGCAGUAAUAUAUGGCUUAUACAUUUGUGGGGUUUCAUUUGCUGUAUUGUGUAUUAUUAUGUUGUGUAGAUUUGCUCGUAUGAGUUACCCUUUUUCGGUUAACUUGUCGCGUUUGAAAAAUUUUAGUUUGCGAAUUGAUAUGGUGGCUUAAUGAGAUACCACAUGCUUUUUUGGGUCUUGUACUUUGAAGCAUUGUUUGGUUCUGGAAUUCUUUUGGGAGUUCUGAGUACAAGCUUCUCUCUCAAGCCUGCCAUUUUUGGACAAAGCUCUUUGCGGAAGCAGAAUUUCAGGUUUGUUGCCAUCUAAUUUUUCUUUUGGUUUAUUCUGAUGAGGAUCGUUACGCAUUUUGUACUGUAGAUUUUUGGUCAAAUUGUUACAUCAUUGUAGUUUGAUGUAUAAAUAUGCUGACUCCUUGAUACCUAUGUCCUUGUCUCCUUA